UGUGGAAUUAGCAUAAAGCCCGGCACUGCAAAAUAGCCAGCAAGUGAACAAGAGGAGUGAGAGAGCCAAAGUGUGUGUGUGUGAGAGAAAGAGAGAGAGAGAGAGAGAGAAAGCGCAGAGGGAGAGACACACAUCCAGCAACACGAGGACAAGUCCCAGAGAGCAGAGGACCUUCAUCCUUCUGCGAGAGGACAGCAUAGUUUGCCAAUAUGGAGGAAAAACAGUUUUCUGGCAUUUUGAAUGGAGCGGUUCCAGGGGAACAAGUGAAGAAGGACGAGAAUUCUCGACGAGGAAACUGGGGGAACCAGAUUGAGUUUGUCCUGACUAGUGUGGGCUACGCAGUGGGGCUGGGCAACGUCUGGAGGUUCCCUUACCUCUGUUACAGGAAUGGCGGAGGUGCCUUCAUGUUCCCGUACUUUAUCAUGCUGGUGUUUUGUGGCAUCCCGCUGUUUUUCUUGGAGCUCUCCUUUGGCCAGUUCACCUCAUUGGGCUGCCUGGGAGUGUGGAAGGUCAGCCCCAUGUUCAAAGGCGUUGGCUAUGGAAUGAUGGUGGUCUCCACUUACAUCGGCAUCUAUUACAAUGUGGUGAUCUGUAUCGCAAUCUACUACUUUUUCAUGUCCAUGACCAAUCUGCUGCCAUGGACAUACUGCAACAACCCCUGGAACACCCCAGACUGCAGUGGCGUAAUGGGCACACUGAAGGCAAAUGCCACCUUGACCAACGUCACCGCUAAUGCAGUGUCAGGCCUCACUGAGGUGAUCAACCGCACCAAGAGGACGAGUCCCAGUGAGGAAUACUGGAGGAACUAUGUACUGAACAUCUCAGAUGGCAUAGGGAACUUUGGUGAAGUCCGCCUCCCCAUCCUGGGCUGCCUGGCUAUCUCCUGGGUGGUAGUGUUCCUCUGCCUUAUCCGUGGGGUGAAGUCCUCUGGCAAGGUGGUGUACUUCACAGCGACCUUCCCCUACGUGGUGCUGACCAUUCUCUUCAUUCGAGGCAUCACAUUAGACGGUGCCAUCAGUGGAAUUCAAUACUACCUCACUCCACAGUGGCAGAAAAUCCUGGAUGCCAAGGUGUGGGGUGACGCUGCUUCUCAGAUUUUCUACUCUCUGGGCUGUGCCUGGGGUGGGCUCAUCACCAUGGCUUCCUAUAACAAAUUUCACAACAACUGUUUCAGAGACAGCAUCAUUAUCAGUGUGACGAACUGUGCAACAAGCGUGUACGCCGGCUUUGUCAUCUUCUCCAUCCUGGGCUUCAUGGCACAGCACCUGGGAGUGGACGUGUCCGAGGUGGCGGACCACGGGCCAGGCCUGGCCUUCGUUGCCUACCCGGAAGCCCUGACGCUGCUUCCCAUCUCACCACUCUGGUCGCUGCUUUUCUUCUUCAUGCUCAUCCUGCUCGGUCUCGGCACACAGUUCUGUCUUUUGGAGACGUUGGUGACAGCCGUAGUGGACGAGAUCGGCACGGACAAGAUCAUCCGAAACAAAACCUUCAUCACACUCGGAGUGUCCGUCCUCGGGUUUCUCUUGGGGGUACCACUGACCACACAGGCGGGAAUAUACUGGCUGCUGCUGAUGGAUAACUACGCUGCCAGCUUCUCACUAGUCAUCAUCUCCUGCAUCAUGUGCAUCUGCAUCAUGUAUGUUUAUGGCCACAGAAACUACUUUAAGGAUGUAGAGAUGAUGCUGGGCUUCCCUCCACCGGUGUUCUUCAGGGUCUGUUGGAGGUUCAUCUCUCCACUUAUUAUCUCGUUCAUCCUGAUCUUCACAGUGAUCCAGUACAAACCCAUCACUUACAACGAUUACGUGUACCCAGACUGGUCUCUGGUCAUCGGCUUCUGCAUGGCCCUGUCCUCGGUGAUCUGUAUUCCCGUCUACGCCCUUUACAAAAUCGCCAUGUCUGAUGGAACCACGUUUUUGGAGCGGUUGAAGAACUCGAUGAAGCCACAUCCCAGCUGGGGUCCGGCGCUCCAAGAGCACCGCAAGGGCCGCUACGCCACGGCCGAACCCGAAUCCGUGGACAUGCGUUCUCUCAAGGAUGAGGAGAAAGAGAAAGAUCAGGAUAAAGAGAAGAAGGAAGAGAUCGGGCUCACCAUUAAGGGCAGCAACGGCUCCACGCUCAACCCGACACCCAGUGUAUAGACGCGAGGCCACACCCGCUGAACCUUUACAUAUUGUAAGGGCUUUAUUACUCCUAACCUCUAGAGAGAAUCGGUUCUCAUCCCAACCCCUCUUUUUUCCUCUUUUUUUUUUUUCUUUUUAAUUUAAUAAUGCUGUUUUUGUAAGUACAAAAAUGUGUUCAUAUGCAUACACAAGAAGUCUUUUAUGCAUCCCUACCAUGUGUGUAUAUAUAUAUAGUGCAGCGUGGGAUAUAUUGGUUUCUUUCUCCUUCCAUGUAAAAUUUAUCUGGAAAUGUGACUACUGUUGCUGCGGCUGUAGGUUUCGGCUUGUCGUGUGUACAGCGGUGACAGUGCUGGUCGGGUUAAAAGCUGAAGACCAAAUGUUCUUUGACUAUAGUGAACACACCAUCUAUAAUUGUAUCCCAGCCACAUGAAAUCUUUAUUUUGGGGUUUUGUUUGUUUGUUUGUUUGUUUGUUUGUUUGUUUCUUACCCACUGCCCCUGGCUGUAGCAUCAGUGGUUGUAUUUGGUCGUUUUUUUUAACAGAACCCACAGUUUUUACUCGGGUAAAGCGAGGCACAAGACAAAGCACAAAGGAUAUUUUGCCUUCAGCUUUUAGAACAGCUACUGAAGGAAACUCCCUCGAUCUAAGCACAUUAAGGUCCCAAACCCAUUCUCAGGGUUGUGCACAAUUUGCUUCUCUCUUUUUUUUUCUUUUUUCUUUCCUAAACCUUUUAUCCAACAGCUUGUGAUCAUUCUAACAUUUUUUUUUACUUACGAGAUGGCUCUGACUAGUCUUCCAUUUUGAACAUUAUAUAUACACUACACGGUGAGCGAAUGGAUUAUUUGAGAGAUGGCAGGAGUGUUGCCAUAGACUCAGUACUGUAGUGUGUGCACACACACAAGGAUUGUCGUGGGGGUUUAAAAAAAUAAAAGAUAGAAAAGGAUAUGAUAUGCACAAACCUCCUACAUCCUGGGGGCAUGGCUGGACUGUGUGUGUGUGUGUGUGUGUG